AUGCGUUUUGAUGAUGCUAGUGCAAGACGGAAAAAGAGAAGUGAUGAUAAAAUGGAGCCCAUAAGAAUAGUACUUGAAAUGUGUAAUCAGAAUUUGCAAGAUGGGUAUGUUCCCAGUUCAUGCAUGACAGUUGAUGAACAAUUAGUUUCAUUCAGAGGGCGCUACCCAUUCCGGGUAUAUAUUCCUUCAAAAUCAGGGAAAUAUGGAAUUAAAAUUUGGGCAAUAUGUGACAAUGAAAUAUCUUAUACCUGGAAAAUGCAAAUCUUCACUGGAAAAGAUCCAAUAAAAGGGAGAAAGACAAAUCAAGGUUCAAUAGUUGUUGAAGACCUAUUAAAAGAACUUGAAAAUACAGGUCGCAAUAUAACUUGUGAUAAUUUUUUUUCAAGUCUAGGAUUGGAUCGAAAGCUUCUUAGCAAGAAAACUACUUUAGUUGGAACAAUUAGAAAGUUGAACUUCCAAGUGCUUUCACAAACGGAAAAGAAAGAGAAAUCAACAGCACAAUAUUUGGACUUCAAAAGCAUUCUAUGA